GACAUUGGCUGUAAGCAAGCAAGAGCCCCGCCCCUAGUCUUAUGACUCGCGCUAAAGCGGCGAGUCCUGGCUUUUGCAGCGUUGUGGUCGGUGGUCACUGGUGCUCCCGCCCCAGGUCCAGCAAUCGUUUUCUCUGCUGGUGCUGCUCUUGUUGCCACCGCUGCCGCCGCCGCCGCCGCCCCCUGUUUUGCGGGAUCAUGGUGUGCUUCCGCCUCUCCUCCGUUCCAGGCUUGGGGCUCGUUCUGUUUUGCCUUGUCCUGGGAGUUGUCCGGUCUUAUGCAUUGGAACUUAAUUUGACAGAUUCAGGAAAAGCCACUUGCCUUUAUGCAAAAUGGCAUAUGAAUUUUACAAUACAGUAUGAAACUACAAACAAAACUUAUAAAACUGUAACCAUUUCAGACCUUGACACCGUGACAUAUAAUGGAAGCAUGUGUGGGGAUGAUCAGAAUGGUCCCAAAAUAGCAGUGCAGUUUGGAUCUGGUAUUUCCUGGAUGGUGAAUUUUACCAUGGUGUCAUCAUCAUCUUCUUAUUCAAUUGACAGCAUCUCAUUUUCCUACAAUACUAGUAAUAGAACAAUGUUUCCUGAUGCCGAAGAUAAAGGAAUUGUUACUGUUUAUGACCAUCUGGCAAUCAAAGUUCCAUUGAAUGUCAUCUUUAGAUGCAAUAGUUUAUUAACUUUAGAAAACAACAAUGUCGUCCAGCGCUAUUGGGAUGUUCUUGUACAAGCUUUUGUCCAAAAUGGCACAGUGAGCACAGAAGAGCAUCUGUGUGAUCAAGACAAAACUUCAACAACAGUAACACCCAUCAUUCACACCACUGUUCCAUCUCCUACCGCAAAACCCACUCCAGUGGAAAAACCAGAGAUCGGGAAGUAUUCGGUUAACAAUACCAAUGGUACUUGUCUGCUGGCUACCAUGAGGCUGCAGCUGAACAUCACUCAGGAUAAGGUUUCUUCGGUUUUUAACAUUAAGCCCAAUUCAACUGACUUCACAGGCAGUUGCGAUCCUCACACUGCUCUACUUAGGCUGAAUAGCAGCACCAUUAAGUAUCUUGACUUUGUCUUUGCCGUGAAAAAUGAAAACCGAUUCUAUCUGAAGGAAGUGAAUGUCAGCAUGUAUUUGGUUAAUGGCUCUGUUUUCAGCACUGUAAAUGAUAAUCUCAGCUACUGGGAUGCCCCCCUGGGAAGUUCUUAUAUGUGCAACAAAGAGCAGACUAUUUCAGUGUCUGGAGCAUUUCAGAUAAAUACCUUUGAUCUAAGAGUUCAGCCUUUUAAUGUGACAAAAGGAAAGUAUUCUACAGCUGAAGAAUGUUCUGCUGACUCUGACCUCAACUUUCUUAUUCCUGUUGCAGUGGGUGUGGCCUUGGGCUUCCUUAUAAUUGUUGUCUUUAUCUCUUAUAUGAUUGGAAGAAGGAAAAGUCGUACUGGUUAUCAGUCUGUGUAAUCAAUUAAAUCUAGUGAUUUUUGUUUUUUUUGCUAUCAGAAGUUAUGUUUCCAUUGGCUAAAAGCCAGGAAAUGCUGUGCAAUAGAUUGUUUAAGAUAUGCAGACUAACCUCAGUGAGUUGCUAGCUAACUUGGGCAUGAGUAGCACUUAUGUAAGAAAAAAUGUAUUAGAACCAAUUACUUUUUUUCUAUUUUUUCCUCCUUUGUCAAAGUGUAAUUGAAAGAAAAAUUUGGCUUAGAAUUUAAGUAAAUAAUGAUUUUAAGCCUCUGGAUCCAAUUAUGAGAGCAUUUCUACUGAAGUAUAAUUUUAUAUGUUGCAGUUACUUGUAUUUUACUACUUCGAUGUUAUUUGCAAAAUCAAAGCUGUUAGAUAAUGUACCUUGCUUCAGGAAAUAAAUUCAAGAACAUAAUGAAUUCAUUUUCAUUGGUGGAAAACAUAAAAUUUGAUUCAUAAUAAGACUUCCUUUACCCACCUCCUGAUCAGCAUUAUUUAAAUUUGUUUUUCUGUUAGUUAAAAAAAGAAAGAAGUGGCUUCAUGAUAUUGUAUUUAAUAGCAAAAGUUUGAAUGUUUUCUCCCAUACUGUUAGUGGCUACUAUAUUUUAACAAGAUGUCUUUUUUUUUCUUUCUGGAAUUUGGAAUAUAUUGAUUAUCUAUCUCAGACUUGACAUUUAUGCUGAAGGAUGAAGUAUGUGUUUUUUUUAAGGUGUUGAUUUAGAAUGGGUUAUGGUUUUUUAAGGUUAUGAUUUAGAGUGUUUUUUCUCUCAGAGCCUUAACUUGUUCAGAAAGUUAAUUCAUCCUGCACUAAAAAAAAAGCUUCUGUAUAGUACGUGUGCCUCCUGCACUUUCCCAUUCCCUAUAUGAGUAAGUUCUAGUUGAUAUUUUUAAUGUAUUGAUUUCUUUUUUCUCGCAGCAGCAAGUGCUAACUCUAAUGGCUAGUGGGCCCUGAUGUGUCAUCAGUCAGAUGGCUGCCUAGCUGGACCGAGAUUAUUCUGUAAAUUUGUUGAUCUUGAUAUAGACUUAUAUUCCUGUAAGGACCUCUAAUGGCUCUGGCUUCUGGUGUAAGGUACUAGAGACCACUCAUCCCUGUGUCUGCUUGAUUGGUUGAAUUGCCCUUCUAUUCGGAAACACAGUGUUGUGGUUGUCUAGGGCCCAAAUGGCUGCUUUGCACACCUAUCAUUAGCAUAAGGCAGAUGUUUACUUUAUCAAGCUAUUUUACCCACAUAUAACUAAAAACAAAAGUUCCCAAAGAUCUGCCUUUAUUUCAUAAAUUUUCCUUGGAUUAAAAAAUUAAGCCUGAACUUUAAAUAAAGUUAGUUUGUCAUUAAAUCCAAGGAUUAAGUCCCAAUCUACCUCUCAGCACAAUGCAGAUGCUCAUCAUCGUAUUGCUGCCGUUAACUGAUGCCAGAACUCUUUGCCAAUAACUGGAAUUACAAAAUUUUGUUAAAAAGAAAGAAAAUUCAACAUCUUUCUUUACUAUCUUUAUAUGUCUGUCCCCAAAACAUAUAUUCCAAACUGGAGUAGAAAGUCAGAUUGUUCAAUUGCAUAUCCUUUAGAAUUCUGUGGCUCUGAAUUGCAGAUUCAAGCUGUCCUCUAUUUGCUAAGUAUGUAAAGAAUGUUUUCUUUUAAAAUGUUCUCCUUUGAAAACAACUGCUUAUUUUUAUUUAGUAAAAGGCAUUUGAUCAAAAUGAUGGCACCAUAAAGAACAGUGGCUUCAUUCCAAUACAUAUUUUUGAGAUGGUUGUCUAGGAGCCAGAUUAGUUAAAUCAGCAUGUGACCUUGCUAGGUAUAUGAAUUUGGAAGUUCAGAUACAUACAAAAUCAUAGGUUCAUUUAAAAGUUUUCUACCUUUUGGGUAGGAGAUUAAUAUCACUAAUUUUUCAUUAGAUAUCAUGGCUCUAAGAUAACUAGCAAACGUGUCUUUAAUUCUUUGAGAAUUAAAAUACAAAAUAUUAACAGAGGAAAAAGCUGCUUCAACUCCAAUAAAAUACAGGAAACUCAAAAUCUACGAACUAAGUGCUCAAUUACCUUUGCUUACUGAGUUCAUUUUUAUGUCAGUACAACAGUGGAUCAGACAGUAGGACUUUGAACUCAUGAAUAUAAAGAAUUGCAUUUCACCUAAGCUAUUUUGGAAGAACUGAUGCUUGCUGCUACCUAAAGUUUUGGAUAUAUCAAUUUAGAGACCGAAUUAAUACCUGCAAAAUAAAGCAUACUGUGGUAUUCCUGUUUGAUCUGAUAUAUGUGAUUUUAGAUUGAUGGAUUAAAAAAUAAUAAAGAUCAUACAUUCCAUGCC